UCUGAUUUUGAAAAUUUUCUUUCAAUGUGGAAAGUCAAUUCACAGCAAAACAUGCAAAUAUGCAAAAUCGACAUUUUUUCAUAUUGCUCAUAUUUUAAGAAGCUAAAACUCAACUAAACUUUCAUUGUUGUUUACUCUUUUUAAGAAUGGGUUGCUAUGGUAACGAAAAUAAGAGUUAUGGUUUUUAAAUUUACUUUUUUUAAUUUUAGCAUUUAAAAACUGUCUAUUUGUACAUUUCAAUAUGGCAGAACAAACAGUAAAUACUGAUGAAAACCUUGUAAAAUGUUUGACCGACUGUUGUGAAAAUUAUUUUACCCUGAAAAAGGGAGAUGCUCUCUCUCGUCGAAACGCAUUAAAAGAAAUCCACAACUAUAUACUAAUUUUGAAACCUGAUUCAUUUCAGGAAAGCAAUUUAAAUUCAUUGCUAGAUUCUCUCUCUCAGUCAUUGACUUCUUCUUUAUCUGAUGGAAGUGAAAAAUGUCGUGAAUUAUCUGUUGCUAUCCUAAAAAUUAUUUUUAGUCGCUUCUCCAUUUGUUCCGAAUCUCUGUCUUCUCUCUUCAAAGCAUUAGCUAAUCGUCUUGGAAAAACUGAUGAGCGUGAACAAUCGGAAGAAAUUAGAAUUUUAGAGAUAGAACUAAUCAAUGAAGUUAUUGAAAGGACCAAUUGUAGUCUUUUGUUGAAUUUAAAUGAUAUUGCUUCAAUUAUUUCAGCUUGUAUCGUAGACGAGUGCCCUGAAAUGAAAAGAAAAGGUUGCGAGUGCUUAUCUUUGCUAGCAUUUAAAGAAUCCCAAUUUCAUAUGAUUGGCGGUACAUUUUUAACACCACUUCUUGGGACUAUAACUCACCAGCAUAUGAAAACACGCGUACUGUGUAUUAAAGCUCUUGGAAAAAUCGUGGAUUAUUUAAACUGUGAGGAAUUUGAAAAAGCUAUUUCUUAUUUAGCACAAAGACUAUUUGAUCACUCUCCAGCUGUUCGGUUAGCUGCUACUGAGGUUGUUGGCUCCAUGAUGUUAGAAUUAAAAGAUAGAUAUUCAUAUUUUCCUCGUUUAAUACCAAUAAUACUCUCAACUUUAUAUGAUGAAGUUCUUGAAGUUAGGUCUAAAGGAAAAGAAUUGUGGCAUAAAUCUGGCAAUCAAUAUCUGAAAGAAAAUGACAAAGAUUAUAAAGAUCUUAUUGAUUUUCCACAAGAAACACCAAAAAAUUAUCCUAAUGCAGAAGAUCGUCCUCCUGUUGGAUGUCGCAUUUUAGUACAAAGAAACUCAUAUAAAAUUUUCCCACCUUUGCUAACUGAGCUAUCUGAUUGGCUGGCAGAUACCAGAAUAAAAUGCUCUAAAGUUUUAUAUUCUAUCAUUCUUCAUUCAGAAGAGAAAAUUACUUCACAGUUAACAGCAGCUGUUGAUGGUAUUGCUUUUAGUGCUAAAGACGAGUCAAAGGAAUGUGUUGAAAUGGCCAUAAAAGCUGCAGAACUGCUAGGUUAUUUUGUGGAUCCUAACUUGCUUUGUGACACAAUUAUGACAUUGAUCCAUAAGACCCCCUCAUCUUCCAAUUUAAGAAUAUUUGCUGCCUCUAUUCAAGGAUGCAGUAGUGAAUAUUCUGUUGAAUGCUUUCAAGAAAUCUUAAAAUUUCUUGCUAGUUCUUCCAUUUCAAGGUUGAGAAAGGCAGAUGAACAAACACAUUUAUUGUUAUGCGUUGAAGCAUUACUGUCUUCUGGAAAUAAAAUUGACCACAACUGCAGUGAAUUUAUUUUUACCAUAUUGUUAUCCGUAGCUGGUUUGUCAAAAAUUGACACUAUUAUUCAAAAGGCAGAAGAGCUUUUAGUAAAGCUGGCUGUUGUUCAGUCAUAUACUGUGCCUUCUUUAUUUGAAAAACAUUUGCUUCCUUUCCUGAAAUCAUUGACUUCCAACUAUGAGUUGUGGAAUCUUCAAAGCCCAGAAAUGCCAAUUUUUAAUUAUUUAUUGCUCUCAGACCAUCUUUAUCCAGAAGCAAUAAAAACUGUUAUUCCUGUUUUUCUGAACAAUCUUCACCCAAGCAAAGAUGCCAGAGUUCGAAGCAUUAUUUUAUCCUUAAUCUCACCAACAUUGAACUGUUUAUCACCAACAGAAUGUGAGGGUAUGUCAGAAGAUAUCCUGACACUCAUCCGUUCAGGUAUUUUUCCCAACUUGACCUGGAUGGCUGGAAAAACUGCUUCCAAGCUGAGAACAUUAGCAGCGGCUAGUUUAUUUGAGAUUGUUGGGAAAAGUUCUAAUCCAGCUUUAGUUAAACAUUUGGGAGAUGAAAUACUUCCCAUUCUUGCUACAUUAGCUGAUGAUGAUGAAACUACUACUCGACUUCUAUCUUGCAAAAUUCUUGAGUCGAUUUUGCCUCUUGUGAAUGAUUGCAUUGAUGAUCAAAAAAUACACAAUACCUGUUUCCAGCUCUUACGUUGCAUGGAUGAUGAAUCUGAUGAUGUUCGUAUAAUGACUGUCAGGGUUCUGAAAGCAUAUGUUAAGUCAUUCCCUAGUGACUAUGACUGGAACAUGUACAAGGCUCAUGUAAAAAGCAUAUACGAGAAUGUUUUAAUCCACAUGGAUGACAAAAAUGAGAAAAUUAGGCAAAGUGUUUUGAAUCUGCUGAAAGACAUAGGAUUUGCUGCUCCUGAUGUGCUUUUGGAUGAAGUUGAAUCAAAAAGAUAUGUAAUGUCUGCAAAUGAUCUUUGUGAUAAUUUGAUAGCACAUAUCAAAAAUAUUAAAGUUUAAGUUCAUUUUCAUUUGUAAAUAAAUAAUUCAUUUUAAGUUUCA